GUGGCAGCGUCCGGAUGGUCGGAUGGAUCGGGUUUGUUUGCUCUGUUGAGGAGGUUUCUUUCGGAAAAUCACGUUUCGUCCGUUGGGGCGUGCUAGCUAGUGCGUGAUAUACAGUGAGGCGACAGCUGCCGGACGGAUCAGUAGUCGAUGGGACGUGUCAGCGAGAACAUCUCAAGAAUACCGCCGUUUGAUGGAGAGAGUGUUGUUCUGAAGAGCAAUUAAGCGCCUUUGGUUCCUGGAGGUGGGGGCGUUGUGUGAUGAAGACGAUGUGGGCACAGCUGGAGAGGUUAUUAGGCGGGAGUGCUGUUUGGUGUCGAAUUUACUUCUAGGAUAAUACGAUUAGGAUUGCCGGCUGGUGGCGUUGAGCACCUGAACAAACGGUUCGUUAAUUGUGGUUUCCCUUUCGGAAAGGGAGUGUCCUUUCGUGGCAUCUUGAGGCGGUGGGGUAGGUGUGUCACCUGUUGAAUAUGAAAUAAUGGGCACUUUCACCGGGGGUAUGUGAGAAUCGCGAUAGAGUUGGCACGUUCUGUGUUUUAUGGUGAGGAAAAUUAAAGCCGGAUAGCAAGAUGUGAUUUAUGCCAAACUAAAGUGUUAUUUUAUGUUCGUUCAUGUUUUCCUUUAUGUUCACAAUACGAAGAAGUGAAUAAAAUACUGUUAGCAUACUUAAUACAGUUCAAAAUGGUCAACGACAGCUACAGUUCCUUAGUGAUGGCGUCAACCUUGUCCUCGGUGGCCACCGGUGGCUUUUACAACACCACAGCCAUCCCAACCAACACCACUAUUGUGUCCUCGGGGAUGUCCCAAGAAGAAGAACUUGAAAUCGAAAUGAUCGUUUCACGGAUUGUGCCCAUCUUUUUCGGACUGAUCGGAAUCACCGGUCUGCUCGGUAACGCCCUCGUAGUCCUCGUGGUCGUCUCGAACCCCAUGAUGCGAUCCACCACCAAUCUGCUGAUCAUCAACCUGGCCAUCGCCGACCUGCUGUUCGUGGUGUUCUGCAUCCCGUUCACCGCCACCGAUUACGUGCUCUCGUCGUGGCCCUUUGGAGAACUGUGGUGCAAGAUUGUGCAGUACCUGAUCGUGGUGACGGCCCACGCCAGCAUCUACACGCUGGUGCUUAUGUCACUGGAUCGGUUUCUGGCGGUGGUGCACCCGAUAGCCAGCAUGGUCAUCCGAACCGAGCGGAACACGCUCUGGGCCAUCACGGUGCUGUGGGUGGUGAUCGUGACGACGGCGCUGCCCGUUAUGUUUGCCCAUGGAGUCAAUAAAAACCUGUACCAGGACCGGGAGAUCGCUUCCUGUACCUUCCUGGAGAACGACCAGUUCUCCCGUGCUGCCUUCCACAUUGCGUUCUUCUCCAGCUCCUACCUGGUGCCGCUGGUCCUGAUCAGCGUCCUGUACAUGUGCAUGCUGUCCCGGCUGUGGCGGAGUUCCGUCGGGGGGCGUUCCGCAGAGUCGAAGAAGAGCAAAAAACGGGUCACCCGGCUCGUGGUGGUCGUGGUCGCGGCCUUCGCGUCCCUCUGGUUCCCCAUACAGAUCAUACUGGUGCUAAAGAGUAUGGAAGUCUUUGUACCCGAUACGUACUUCAAGAUUUCGCUCCAAAUCAUCUCUCACGUGCUGGCGUACACGAGCUCCUGCAUCAACCCGCUGCUGUACGCGUUCCUGUCGGAAAACUUUCGGAAAGCGUUUCGAAAGAUCGUGUACUGUGGGCCCGGAAGUCGUCGCCACGGCAGCACCCGCCACAUGCCACUGCCAACGAAAACGACGCGCACCGGCAGCUGCCAGGGGCAGGACAUUUUAUAACCGGAAAUGGAGCAAACGUCCGUCGCAUACUUCUAGGAGGUUCACCAUCAACAUUAUCCAUCAACGUCGUCGUCCAGCCAAUCAUCAUCACCAUCAUCAUAACCAACAUCAUCGGCAGAAACGACCAGCAGCAGCUGUAUAAUCAUCUCCGACCACCAGCCGAAACGGGGCAAUUUGGUUAGGGGUGGUCCCGGCCCGGGAACGAACCCCCGAAUCCGGGACCGUUUUGCCACGGACAUCGCACAACAACACAAAUCACACGGAAUCCAUCGGCGCUUUUAUCGACUGAAACCGCUGGACGUGGACGUCCCAAAGCAUCAUCCCAUUAUCGGAGGACAAAAGUGGACACAAGCGUUUUUGUGGAGUCACAACGAGGACAACAGAGAUUUGAUCGGGGCCGUAAAUGGACAGAGGGCAUCCGGAGCGUCGCAAAUUAUGCCAAGAUUGGAGAGCUGCUUUCGGUCCGGAUCUGGAGCUUCGAGGCACCAUCGGACCAUCUUUCGAGACCCCCGCGGGAGCAGAGCCCACCACCAGAUUAUCCCCAAUUAUGCUCCCUGAGAGUCGAGUUCCCAGGCUGAGUGCUGGACUCGGGGUGUCGGCUGCUGAUGCCGUUGUUCACCGGACUAAUUGCGCCCUGCAGCCAUGGCCAAGAUGCAAUUCUGAAGUGGCCAUUCUAUCUUGGUAUCAAGUACGUUCCUGGGAGUCGCCAGGGCAGUGAUAUCUUGCACACGUCCAGAUAAUUAGGUAAUAAACGAGGGAUGAAAUUGUUCCUACGGGGUAGACUGGGUUGCUGGGAGCAGAUGCGAAGAAUUGGGGGUGAUGCGAUCUUUGAGAGCUGGGAAAACAUAACUUGGUUUGGUAGACAAUUAUGCAAACAGCGGCCUAGAGGUUGAUUUCACAAGACAGGGCAGGUUGAGA